AUGGCUGACCCCCUCGCUCAGACCUCCAUUCAGUCGUACAUGUUCUAUCAACUCAAGUUCUUUGACCCUUCCCUAUCCGACGCCGCUAUCUCGGCCCAAGCAGGCUUCCUUAUCAGUGCUAAAACUGCCGGCCAGGUGUGUUCGGGCUUGUUUUGGGGUCGCCUCGCUGACUCGGAAUACGGAGGGAGGAAAGUAGUCUUAUUCAUUGGGCUCGCGAGCUGCUGCGUCUCCUAUCUCGGCUACGGCCUGUCACGAAGUUUCAUCGCAGCGACUGUAUGGCAGGUGCUUGGAGGAUCGAUGAGCAGCAAUGUCGCACUGACGAGAUGUGUUGUUGCGGAGCUCAACCCAGAGAAAAAAUACCGAGCAAGGGCUCUUCUUCUGCUUCCACUGUUUGCCAACGCCGGAAAUCUUCUCGGUCCACUAAUAGGAGGUAUUCUCAGCUCCAACGCAAGAGAUGCCUCAAGUCAACACUAUCCUUACCUCGCCCCCAACCUAUGCGUUGCAGCUGUGUACAUGGUUGCCGCCUUUGGCGUCUUCUUCGGCCUCAACGAAACGCUCGAAAGUAUCCAGCACUCUCACGAGACGCCAUGGCACCGGACGAUCAGAAGAGCCAAGCAGGUUUUCUUCGGAGAGCCAGUCGACCACCAUGACUACGCCACAAUCCGGGAAGACGACAACGACCCGGCCGUAUCACUUACUGUUACGGCCGCGAUUUCUCCUACCAUUCCUAAGCCACCUAAACGCAAGCGCAAGCUACCAUUUCGCCGAAUCUGGACAUUCAAUGUCGUUUGUACAUUGCUUUCUCACUUUGUCAUUGCUGGGCAUCUAGGUACCUUCUCAAGCCUGUGGGCGAUAUUUUUGAGUACGCCUAUCGGAGACGCAGAGAGUCGCCAACCUCCCUUCAGAUUUAGCGGAGGCCUGGGUAUGCUGCCUCGUGAUGUCGGCUUCGCCAUGGCGCUCCUGGGAGCCAUUGGCGUGGUUCUCCAACUGAUCGUAUACCCAAUGCUGCAAGAUCGCUUUGGCACCAUCCGGAUCUGGCGCUGUGCUCUUCUAGUCUUCCCGGUUGUCUACUUUCUGGCGCCAUUUCCCUCGCUCGUAGCAUCCGCACCAUCUCAGAGGGCCGACGGGACUCCAGCGCUCGUUUGGCUCGCGACGGUGGGCGUAAUCCUGCUGUUCAUUGCUGGCCGGACGGGUGUUACACCAGCAACAACAAUGCUGAUCAAUGACUGCACUCCGCACCCUUCCGUCCGAGGAACGAUUCACACGGCUGGAACCGUCAUCGGAAAUCUGGGUCGCUCACUGUUUCCCAUUGGCGCACUGGCUAUCUUCGGCCAAGGGCUUCGGAUUGACGUUGUUGGGUUGGGGUUUUGGUGCCUCAUGGCGCUUGCGGUCCUGGCGUACGUUGCAAGCCUGUGGGUAACGGAAGGUGCGAAUGGGCUGGAGAUCAAUCUCGAUGAAGACAGCGAGGAAGGAGACUGA